AUGUCGGGCAUUCAACCUGUGGCGCUCUACGCCAUGAAAGUCCCUCCGGGCGACAUCAUGGUCCCUGCCGUUCCCGAGUUUGCUGCCAUGUUUCGUCUGACCAUGGCUGCCAUUGAUCCCAGUGCUGAACCUGAACUGGACGAUCCCGAUGACAAGCGCCCUCCCCGAGCCACUCUCAAACUUAUUCGCGUUCCGGACAGCAUGCUUGACGAUGAUGACGAUGAUGAAGACGAUGAGGACUACCUUGCUGGUCUUGACGAGGACGAAGACAGCGAAGAAGACGACGAGGAUGACGAAGAAGUGAAUGGCGGGCCGAGCGAGAAAAAGUCCAAAGCUGAUGGAGCAGGCGAGGAUGAAGAUGAGGACGAAGAUAUGGAAGGAUCAGAUGACGACGAAGUCACCGCGGAGGAUUUGGCAGCCAUCGCGAAACUAACCAAGCUCAUGAAGAGCGCUAAAGCGAAAGGGAAAGCCAAAGCUCUGGACGGAGAGGACGAUGCGGACGAUGAAGAAGAUGAAGAUGACGAGGCCCUUGAGAUGGACGAGGUUGUUGUCUGCACCCUCGAUCCCGAAAAGAACUGCCAACAAACUCUUGACUUUGUCGUCGGUGAAGGCGAGAAGAUCUUUUUCAAGGUCUCUGGUGCAUACACGGUCAAUCUCACUGGCAACUACGUGAUUCCUCAAGACGACGGCUCGGCGUCCCUCUACGAUGAAGACGAUGAGGAAGACGAGGAAGACUAUGACUUGUCCCCAGACGAGGAGGAGCUAGAUGCCCUCGAGGAUGUCGACGAAGAUUCUGACGCUCUCGAUGAUCUCGAAGACCCUCGCAUCACCGAAGUCGAUGAAGAUGAAGAGAUUGAGACCAUCAAGGUCAACAAGCAGGCUGCGAAAGGCAAGAACAAACGUCCUGCCGAAGAUGACGAGGACGAUGAGGAAGGGGACAACCUUGAUGACAUCGUUGCCAAGUCACUGAAGAAGGAGGAAGCCAAAGCAGCAGGAUCCGAGAAACUCAGCAAAGCGGAGAAGAAGCGUCUCAAGAAACUCAAGAAGAACGAUGGUGAAGCUGUCGCUGUCGGUGCCUCUGCCGAAAGCAAGAAGGAAGCCGCGCAGGCCAAUGGCAGCUCUGAGAAGAAAGUCCAGUUCGCCAAGAAUCUGGAGCAAGGACCAACCCCAUCUGCGACGCCUGCCAAGUCUGACAGCAAGGAUAAGUCAGGCACCGGCUCUGGCACGUUGGGGGUGAAGGAGGUUCAAGGUGUCACUAUCGAUGACCGCAAGCUUGGCAGUGGCCCUGCCGCGAAGAAAGGGGCACGUCUGGAGAUGCGCUACAUUGGCAAGCUCGACAACGGCAAGGUUUUUGACAGCAACAAGUCUGGCAAGCCGUUCAGCUUCAAGCUGGGCGCCGGCGAAGUGAUCAAGGGCUGGGACAUUGGUCUCCAAGGAAUCCAGGUCGGGGGAGAACGAAGAUUGAUCAUCCCGGCGAACUUGGCAUAUGGAAACAAGGCCUUGCCGGGCAUCCCCAAAAACAGCAAGCUGACGUUUGACAUCAAGUGCCUGGCUGUGAAAUGA